AUGAUUGCAUCGCUACGUGCUUCUCUGGCCAUUAUUAUUGUCAGAAUCAUCUGCUUGAGACAUACCCUGACGAUGUAUCUCCGCGCUGCCCACGCAGAGACAGACGUCGCCACUCUCCAGCAAUUCAUCCGCGACAACCCGCUAGGCAUUCUGACGACGGCCAUCCCGUCGCCCAACUACCCCCUGCUGCAAUGCAGUCAUAUCCCAUGGGUUCUGGACGUGGAAGAGAGACACGAAAACGACACUCAGGAUGGCCAAGGUCCCAACCUGGGCGUCCUGCGCGGCCACAUGGCGCGGCAGAACCCGCAGGCGAGAGCAAUCAUUGAAUCGCUCACCUCGUCGUCAUCCUCUUCUUUUGGCCAGCAGCAACUCAACUCCGAGGUCAUGGUGCUCUUCAACGGCCCAGCACACCACUACGUCACGCCCAAGUUCUACGUCGAGACCAAGCCGGCUACAGGCAAGGUCGUGCCGACAUGGAACUACAGCGCCGCGCAGGCCUACGGGCGAGCGACCGUCUACCACGACGCCAACAGUCCCGAGACAGACGCGUUUCUGUCAAAGCAAGUCGACGAUCUCUCGCGGUAUGCGGAGACGGCGAUCAUGGGCCAUGUGCAGCCGUGGCAGGUGGCUGACGCGCCGGAGGGUUAUCUGCGGAUCAUGAAGAAGAACAUCAUUGGGAUUCGCAUUGAGAUUACAAGGCUGGAGGGCAAGUUCAAGAUGAGUCAGGAGCUGCCGGUUGGGGAUCGCGAGGGCGUCAUCCAGGGGUUUAAUGGGAUGGGGACCGAUGUGGGGAGGGAGAUUGCAGAGACGGUGCGUCGGAGGGGAGAGUUAAGUGAUAGGAAGAAGGAGGAGGAGAGGAAGGGAAACACUAGCUCAUAA